UAAAAAUAAAUUGAUGUUAAUAUGCAUUCUCAAUUUAUAGAAGCCAUAACAUGGCCUUUCAAACGAAGGUCUUCAACUAUAGUCCUUUUUUAUUCUACCCUCCUUGUUGGUGCUUUCAUUGGAACUCGGUACAUGAAUGUUCCAUCAAUUGGAGCAACUAGAUUAAUCAGAAAAGCACUUCCAGGCUCGAAAAACGUCCCCACAAAAAACCUCUUAAAGAGAAUAGGAGUUCACUUACAAUGUGACAAACAAGGAAACAGCACAACCCAAACAUGCCCUAACCACUAUCCAACUAAAUUGAACCCGAUUAAGAAGACAGCCCGAAAAUGCCCCGAUUACUUCAAAUGGAUCCACGACGAUCUUGGACCAUGGAAAGCCAAAGGGAUCACAAGAGAAAUGGUAGAAUCAGCAAAAAGACUAGCAUUUUUCAGAAUAGUGGUGGUAGAUGGUAAGCUUUAUUGGGAGAAAUAUAGAGAUGCUUAUCAAACAAGAGAUGUUUUUACAAUUUGGGGAAUUUUGCAACUUCUAAGACUUUAUCCAGGAAAGUUACCAGAUUUGGAUUUAAUGUUUGAAGCAGGAGAUAUAGCAGUUGUUUAUAAGAGUAAUUAUACAGGACAUGAAUGGAAUGCUCCUCCUUUGUUUCAUUAUUGUAAGGAUGAUCAUACUUUGGAUAUUCCCUUUCCUGAUUGGUCUUUUUGGGGCUGGCCAGAGAUAAACAUUAAAGGAUGGGAAGAAUUGAAGAAGGAUUUAGAAGAAGGGAACAAAAGAAUUCCAUGGAUGGAAAGAUUACCCUUUGCCUUUUGGAAAGGGAAUGCUUUUAUGGGCGACAGAAUAAAGCUAAUUGAAUGUAAUUCCACUGAUCAAUGGAAUGCUCACAUUGCAACUCAGGAUUGGGAAGAGGAAAGUAAAAAAGGGUUCAAAUCGUCAAAUUUAGUUGACCAAUGUGUUCAUAGGUACAAGAUUUAUAUAGAAGGAAUAGCAUGGUCAGUGAGUGAGAAAUAUAUACUAGCAUGUGAUUCAAUGUCCCUGCUUGUCACACCCAGGUGGUAUGAGUUCUUUACAAGAAGCUUAAUUCCCAUGAAGCAUUUCUGGCCUAUUAAUCCUGACCCAAAUAAAUUGUGCAAGUCCAUCAAGUUUGCUGUUAGCUGGGGUAACAACCACAAACAAAAGGCACAAAAGAUAGCAAAAGCAGGCAGUAAAUUCAUCCAAGAACAAUUGAUGAUGGACAAUGUUUAUGACUACAUGUUUCAUUUGUUAAAUGAGUAUUCAAAACUCUUAAAGUAUAAACCAAGCUUAGAUUUAGGAGCCAAUGAAACAUGCUCUGAAAAAAUGGCUUGCUUUGAAGAAGCAUUACAAAAGCAAUUUAGAGUAGAUAGUAUGGUUAAAGGUCCUUCUGAGAAAGACCCAUGUAUUUUACAACCUCCUCAAGAACCUCAAGUAAUCAAGGCUUUCUUAGAUAAACAAGAUAAUGUUAGAAGGCGAGUGGACGGAUGGGUGAUGAAGGGGAGUUCUGGUAGAGACCUAUGA